CCGUGGCCGGGGACAUGUACGCACCUCACACCAAGGGGACCUGGACGAACGCCAAGGACGCGCGCAACGGCACGGGCAACGGCACGGGCCCGCUGGACAACAUGCGCGGCUUCGAGCACUGCCUCAACGACAUCAUGAGAGCCGACCCGCACGACCACAUCAAGGGUUUCAUGAAUUGCGGCAACAACACUCUGCAAGCUCUGGCACAGUUGCACGGUAAAGGUGGCUUCCUAGGCAUGGAGGAUGGCGGAGUCCUACUGGACGACGGGCACCUGGUGGACGGCCUCAGUGCCCCCAUCCCCCUGCCCUCACCCUCCCGUUCCUCCCCGCGCUCUCAGGGCUCGGAAAACGGCGAGCGCUUCUCGCGGAAGGUCUUCGUUGGAGGACUCCCGCCAGACAUUGACGAAGAGGAGAUAACAGCAAGUUUCCGUCGCUUUGGUCCCCUGGUGGUGGACUGGCCCCACAAGGCAGAGAGCAAAUCCUAUUUCCCUCCCAAGGGGUAUGCCUUUCUCCUGUUCCAGGAUGAAAGCAGCGUACAACAGCUAAUAGACGCCUGUAUUCAAGAUGAUGACAAACUGUACCUGUGUGUGUCGUCGCCCACCAUCAAGGACAAACCCGUUCAGAUCCGGCCCUGGCGACUCUCCGACGCAGAUUUCGUCCUCGAUGCCUCGCUUCCUCUGGAUCCUCGCAAGACAGUGUUUGUGGGAGGAGUGCCGAGGCCUCUCAAAGCUGUCGAACUUGCAAUGAUAAUGGACCGUCUGUAUGGUGGAGUAUGUUACGCAGGGAUCGACACAGACCCUGAGCUGAAGUAUCCCAAGGGGGCAGGACGAGUUGCUUUUUCUAACCAGCAAAGUUAUAUUGCUGCCAUUAGUGCCCGAUUUGUUCAAUUACAACAUGGCGAUAUUGAUAAAAGGGUUGAGGUAAAGCCAUAUGUUCUAGACGACCAAAUGUGUGAUGAAUGCCAGGGUGCACGUUGUGGGGGAAAGUUUGCCCCCUUCUUCUGUGCCAAUGUAACCUGCCUGCAAUACUACUGCGAACACUGUUGGCAGACCAUCCACUCCCGGCCGGGACGCGAAUUCCACAAGCCGCUAGUCAAAGAGGGCGCCGAUCGGCCCCGCACUGUACCAUUCAGAUCUCCAUGGCGGUGGCACCGAGAACCUGGAUGGUGCCUGACAAACAAGUAAAAGGAAGAAAUUUGCCAUAAAUUAGCGACCACCCCAAUGCCUGCCAACUGCUGUGGGCGCAAAUAAAAGAUAAAAAAAGAGAAAAGAAUGAAAGAGAAAGAGAAAAAAAAGGAAAAGGAUAUCAAGAAAACUUCAAGCAACUGAGUCAAGCAGUCCUCAAGCAAAGUCAGUAAUUCCCCACUACCCCCCUCCCACUGGAUGCCUCUUUUAUAUCUCACAUCCAACACUGUAAGCAAAAGCCAUUAUUUACCACUAUCAAAAAAAUGUCAACAAGCAAAACCAAACAAAACACAAAAAAAAUAUAUAAUGAUAAUAAUAAAUAAUAAUAAUAAUAAUAAUAAUAAUAAUAAUAAUGCCAUGUUCGUUGUGGCGUGUAAUAGGAGCUUCACGUGUCUCUGUGUGUGGGUGAACCAAAGUGUGCCGUAGACCAAUUGUCAGCCCAGUGCUUAUCCCCAGAGGCUUAGCUCUUUCUUCCACAUGAUGGCCAUUGGAUAGCAUUGCUCACUUGUGAUAGAACGAUGUUUGUACACUCUCUUUUUCUAGCUGGGCCAGAAUUUUCUACUUCGCAGUUUUUUCAUCAACAACUGGCAGGAGAAGCACACGGGCUGAUAAUUCUGACGUAGUUUUAACCCAUUGUAGUAAAAAAAAAGUUAAAAAAACAAGUUUCUGUACAACGGAAAUAUUUGUAGUGUCUUUCACAAGCUUACCCACAGAAUGGCUUACUUGCUAAACAGUGAGAUAUACAAAAAAUAUACAGCCAACUUAAUCAUUUUCUCAGAUGUCAACAUAAGUCAGCCUUGUUCCAUUAUUGUGUAAUAAGAGUUUUUCAAAAUUCAUUGUGCGACAUAACCCCAAAGAUUACUAUGGUGCAUAUGUAAGCAUUAUUACUGUAAUGUAAUAGGAUGGUGUUUUAUAAUUUUUAAUAUCAGUAUAGUUACGGCUUGUGCUUCAGUGCUAUUCAAAUAUAUAUAUUAAUAACUGAUAGGAGAUGUUUUCCUAGAGAGCAGAGAAGUCUGUAACUUCUUUGGGUCAGAAGAUAUGAUGACAAGAUCAGUUAUCUCCAGUUAUUUUUAGACAUUUUCAGUGGCGACGACGUACACGGCCCCAUCUUAGCAUGGGCCACAUCAACCAGUAUCUUCUUAUAACCCUAAGAGUCAUGGACCAUCACUGGCUCAGAAGUACAUGUCUGACUCUGCAGAAGUCUGUACAACUUAUGAGGUAGUUCUGUGUGAUGUGCCAGCCUGAUUUGACCUGUUGUUUGUAUCCUAAUGAAGCGGAUUUUCUAUUUUGAAGUAAUAGAAAAUGAACUUCAUGGACAUUAGACUCUUGAUUCAACAUAGCUGAUCACAUCAUACAUUAAUUGAAGAUGCAGGAGACCAAUGUAGAGGGAAGGCUUACCUUGACUUGCCUGUUGUAACAUCAGAUUUGUUUGCUCUAGAAGUAUGAGUCAAUGAGGAGGGCAAAUUGCUUUUUAAUUCUAAAAGAGAGGGAAAAAUAAUAACAACUAUAUGAUUGGUAGUAAGCAUUUAAUAUAAAUUUUAAGGUAGGCACAAAGAUUCUGUCCAUCAACAGUUAAGCUUGAAGGCUUAAAUACUAUUGGAAGUGGGUCUGUGGCAGUCUCCUGCUGUCUAGGCUGUAGUCAGUGGCAGGUUAAACAUUAUUCAAGGCAAGCCUUGGGGAUCCCCUUGGCUCUAGGAAUCCAUAGGUACUGUACUUUUGGGGCUGUCAAGGACAAGGCAGUUGAUAAAAAAUGUCUUGGUUACUAAAUACCUCUGUAAGCCAUGUCCAAUAUCUCUCUUUUCCCCUGCAAGUUAUUCUUUGCAUUCUGGCUUGUGAUGUAUUAACUGCUAUGGCCUGGAUACCCCAACCCAUACCACUGUGUCGUGCUGCAGCUGUUGGUUACUCUACAAACACUUUUUUUACAUCUUUUGUCUGUAAUACCCGAUACCUCAGAACCCUUGAACCUACUUCACAUGUGCAUAUUCUUUUGUACUUUCUCAACUGUCUCACUCUGGCUGUGCUUUUAAAAACUAGAAUGUUCUGACUCUUUUACUGAUAUCCAGCAAAGCAUGGCAAAUCCCCUUGAAAUAAUUCAGGUAUCAGCAAUUGUAGAAACUGAUGAUUUUUGUAGAAGUACUUUCAAGUUCAACUGGUACUGUAAUAAAACAGGAUUCACCAAAAGCAGCCAAAUCAUAACAAGAAAUCCUAUGGUAAACAAAGUGUCCACACCUUCUUUAUACCGAGAAUGACAGUCAGUGUACUUACUUUUAUACUUCAUCUGCUCUAGCCUGAUAGAGUAGCCAUCAGCAUUGUGCGUGUGUGAUAUGCAGAUUUUUGCACUAGGAUAAUUUUGAUCCAUAUAGAAUUUGUAUUUUUGCGUGUUUGAAUUUUGAUACUGUCCUUGUUAGUAAGUUUAUCAUCUAGCAUAUGCGGGUGUUUUUGUGACAAGUUAACAGUUCUAGUUUUUUUGUCUUUUGCUGUUACUAGUACUGUGUAAGAAAAGACCUGCAACUUUUGUAGGGAUUAAAAAAACUUUGUAGCUAAAUAGUUGAGACUGUAAUACUGUCUCUAUUACAGUUUCACAUAUAGCUUGCUUGCGAAGUUAAACACAGAAUGAAGAUAUAGAUUGCAAUGAUGUAUGCAGAGGACUCCUUAAAUGUGAAGUGGUUGAAACUUUGCCAGUUAAGAGAUUGGCGAGCCAGUGACUUCGUGUUGAUAAAUUGAGGGGCAAUCAACCCUUGCCUCAUAAAGGGGAUCAUUGCAAAAAAAGAGAGAGCGAGAGAUUGAGAGAGAGAGAGAGAGAGAGAGAAAGAGAGAGAGAGAGAGAGAGGGAAAAAAUAAGAAAUAUAAUUCUGCAUGUUAUGUAUCUUUAGCGUGGUCAUUCUUGUCGAAUUAACUGGCUUGUCAUAUUGACUUGAUCUCCUAUUUUAUGAAAAAAACCAAAGAAAAUAGCACACAACAUUGGCUAAGCAAUGUGGAGACAACAUAUCCUGACCCAGAUUUUAUCACGGUGAGACUCUUAGGGCAUUCAGUCACCUCCCCUGAGGACCUUGUCUGCAAUAUGGCGGAAUUUGAUAAUUUGCGUUCGCCUCAUUUCAUAGAGGCUGGGUAACACUGUACAUAGACUCAUCCCCAUUUCAUAUCCAUUUGAAUACAUGAUUGCAUUGUGUCGCUAGUGAGUGUAGAUUUACAUGUAUUUUUAUUAUGAUAUUUUCAUUUCAAAGAAGACAUAGGCAGUUAUAUUUUUAUGUUGUCAUUUUCUUGUGUAUCCUUUCUUAAUGGAAAUGCAUGAUUUUUAUAUUAAUGAAGUGUUAUGUCUUUUUGCUGGCUUUUAAUUGAUGGAUGUACAGUAUAUAGCUGAGGUGAACUUUUUGAUAUUUGUACAUACUAUUUUUUUACUGAACCGUCUGUGGAAGAGACUCUACCUGCUCAAUGUGAGAAUUUGGGGUUGGGGCGGUAACUGGGGAGGUGAUUGUGCGCAGUGAAUGCCCUUUGAAAUCUCGUAUAAGAGCAAUAGUGGGGUCGGAUGGCAUGUCCAUUUCUAUUUUAGAAAAAUGUGAAAACAUGUUUAAAAAAAAAAUUUUACACACUUUUCUAGAGGUUUGACUUGGGGACUUUCAGAAAACUUUAUAUACUAUUGCUUUCUCACUAUGAAUAGUAAAUAUGAAUGCAUUCAUAAGCUUUUUUCAUCUUUUGAGUGAAAUGCUACACUCAAGACUUAGGUAGGAAUAUUACACAUGUACUUUAAUCUUUUUCCUUGAAUCUAAAAAUAGUCAGAACUGGGUUAGGUUUAGACAAUCAGAAUUCAUAGGGUUCCUUGCCCUCCCUUGGUUUUUUUUCAUGGAAGAGAUGGCUGUUGAUGACCAGAAGGUAAAGUGCCAUGAUACCAACUAGCCCAUACCAAGAACAAGAAGGUGGCGAGGGCAGAAAGCAGUCCGAGUGUGCUGGCCUGUCCGAUGUUUCAGCAUGAAUCCCGUCGUGGAUUUUUUACGUCUUUGAAUUUAUUAUUCAAGGCUCGGUGUGAUUCUUAAUAUUUGUGACUUUUGAGUUUUUAUAUAUAUUUGUAGUCUCCAUGGAGGUGUCUAGUCAGCAUUAUUGGUGUAACUGUGAAAUAGCUGUUGUUCAACAUCAAGGGGGCUUUGAGUUUGUAGCACGAUCUCAGUAACUAACAUUCUGCAUUGUUUCUCAAAGCCCUCUUCUGACCUUACUGCAGUAUAAACAAGCUAAGCAAAUCAGUGUUGAGAAUACUUGCAGCUUUGUCCCUUAGCUUUUUGGCUCCCGUUCGGAGAUUCAGGUGGAAUCCUUAUUCCAAAAGAAAAUUGGUAUAUCUGUAAAGUCUUGAUGGUUUUAAGCUCUUUGCUUUACUGCCUUGAUUUCAAUAUAAUUAGAAGAAAGAACUAAACUAUAUUGCUUGCAGUGUUUAGGUUUUAAGAUGUCUUCAGGUUUAUGAUGUUUUUUUCUUUUUUUUUUUU